AUGUCAGAAGCUCAGGACCGACAGAAAAGCUAUGCAGAUCGGAGACGGAGGCCUUUGGAGUUUUUUGUGGACGAUCAUGUGUUCCUGCGAGUGUCUCCUACCAAGGGAGUUAGGAGAUUUGGAUUGAAAGGGAAGUUAGCUCCUCAUUACAUUGGACCCUUUCAUAUACUUGAGAGGAUUGGUGAGGUAGCAUAUCGAUUGUCACUGCCACCUUCACUUGCCGGGGUGCAUGAUGUAUUUCACGUAUCUAUGUUGAGGAAAUACGUACCACACCCUAUGCAUAUUUUGACUGAUGUAUCGAUCACCCUUCAGCCAGAUGUAACAUAUGAGGAGGUUCCAGUGCGGAUAUUGGAUCGCAAGGAACGCCAGUUGCGAAACAAGACAAUCCGAUUGGUCAAGGUUGGAUGGGAGCAUCAUUCAGAUGACGAAGCAACCUGGGAGCUGGAGGAUGAUAUCCGAGCGCAGUACCCUCACUUGUUUAAUGAAGAGAGGGAGAAUGUGAGAUACGGCAAAGUUGGGAGGAUUGUAUGGAUUGAGGUAUUGUUGUGGCAGUGGCUUGCUGUGAAGGGCUCGAUCACAAUUCCAGCAGCUGUUUUUCACUCGGGAAACAUCAGCUUUGUGGAAGCAUUGGAUUACAGGUUUGAUAAUGAAUCCUGCGCUGAGUGUGGGGAUCAGAUCUGA